UCGAGCUUAACACGGCAUCUUCAAGCUGUAUGCAAGAACGACUAUUUGUACUCCUAAAUAUUUACAUCUUGCAUGAAAUGGAAGCGUCUUCUUCAAGACUUUAUGAAGAAACAAGUGAAGCCAGUAGUAAGCGUCGCAGCCCUAAUAUUGACGAAAAACAGUUUCCGAAGUGGAAAUGCACUGAUGAAUCAAUAAAGCACAGAAAAUUGUUGCUAAAGUUGAUAGAAUAUGGACGUAAUCCCAAUGUGAAGGUUGAAAAUGUGGGCGAUGUACGUGUAAUUUUCUUAGACGAGUUUUGCAUUGGCAAAGGAAGUGAUGGAACACGUGUUUAUCUUGGACUGGGUAAGGAUGGUUACGGUAAAGCAGUGAAACGAAUAAAUCGAGAUAACUACAUCCAGCUUGCGCUGCACGAAGAGGAAAUUUUGAAUAAAUUCAACGCAAGAAAUUCGAAAUUUGUUGUGAAUUACUCUUUCCUAGAGAAAGGGACUGGAACAGAAUAUGUAUAUUUGAUAUUAGACUUAUGUGAAGAAUCAUUGGAGAGUUUUGUCAAGUCUUCUACUUUACAUGAUCUUCAAAAAGCUUUUCCCGAAAUUCUCAGACAAAUUUUGCAAGGAUUAGUUGAUCUUCAUAGCGGCCCAACUCCUAUUCUUCAUCGUGAUUUAAAGCCCACCAAUGUUCUUCGAGAUUCACAAGGCAACUUUCUGAUAGCUGACUUUGGCAUUAGUCGAAUAUUGGAUAACGAUUCUACGACACAUAAAAGCAGUCCUAAUAUGGGAACUGAGUAUUGGAUUGCUCCUGAAUCAUAUUGCGAAGAUAAAGAUACAAUUGAUAAGGGACGGUACAAGAAAGAGUCUGAUGUAUAUAAUGCAGGAAUGGUGGCAUAUUAUGUUGCAACAAAAGGGAAACAUCCUUUUGGAACUAAACGGCUUAGAUUGGACAACAUGUUAAAUGGGGAACCUGUUGGCUUGGAUGAAAUCAAGGAUGAAACAUUAAAAGAUCUUCUGUCGUGGAUGUUAAAACUACAACCAGAAGAAAGACCAUCUGCUAACGAAGCCUUGACACAUCCAUUUUUUAUGUCGGAUGACGAGAAAUUUCACUUUUUAUGUAAAGUUGGAAAUCUUCAACAGAUUAAGACAAAUGAUCCCCUGUGUAGUAUCGUCCAACAAUUGAAUAUUGAAUCUUCAAAUUGGAAAAGUCAAAUGGAUAACGAUGUUUAUGAAUAUUUGGUAAAUGGAAGAGAGUAUAAAUCUUCAUGGACAGAAUGCUUAAAGCUUAUUCGAAAUAUUGGCCAGGAUUGGAACGAUCGACCAAGACUACAACCAGAACAAUUUAAUAAGAUUGGCGAUUACAAGGCGUAUUUUCUCCGAACAUUUCCUAAUCUCCCUGUUCGGGUACAUGCAGCUGUCAGGUCAAAUGAUGAAUUGAAAAACAAACCAAAACUUAAGGAAUUGGUUGAACAAGAGUGGAAAUACAUUGAUGAACCAACGAAACAUAGAGAAUUGUUUUUGAAAUUGAUUGAAUAUGGACGCAACCACAGUGUUGAGGUUAAAAUGGUGGGCAAUGUACGUGUAAUUUUCUCACCCGAGUUUUGCAUCGGCAAAGGAAAUAAUGAAACCCGUGUUUUUCUUGGACUGGGUAAGGAUGGUUACGGUAAAGCAGUGAAACGAAUACCUCGAGAUAGAUACAUCCAGCUUGCGUUGCACGAAAAGAAAAUUUUAAAUACAUCCAACGCAAGAAAGUCGAAAUAUGUUGUGAAUUAUUCUUUCCUAGAGGAAGAGACUGGAACAGAAUAUGUAUAUUUGAUAUUAGACUUAUAUGAAGAAUCAUUGGAGAUGUUUGUCAAGUCUUCUAUUUUGCAUGAUCUUCAAAAAGCUCUUCCCGAAAUUCUCGGACAAAUUUUGCAAGGAUUAGCUGAUCUUCAUAGGGGCCCAAAUCCUAUUCUUCAUCGUGAUUUAAAGCCCACCAGUAUUCUUCGUGAUUCACAAGGCAAAUUUCUGAUAUCUAAUUUUGGCAUAGGUCGAAUAUUGGAUAACGAUUCUACGACAUAUGAAAGCAUGCCUAACAUGGGAACUGAGUAUUGGAUUGCUCCUGAAUCAUAUUGUGAUGAUAUAGAUACAGUCGAAACAGGACGGUACAUGAAAGAGUCUGAUGUAAUGAAUGCAGGAAUGAUAGCUUAUUAUGUUGCAACAAAAGGAAAACAUCCUUUUGGAACUAAACCGUAUAGACUGAUUAACAUGUUGAAUGGAAAACCUGUUGGCUUGGAGGAAAUCAAGGAUGAAACAUUGAAAGACCUUCUAUCGUGGAUGCUAAACCGAGAACCUGAAGACAGACCAUCUGCUAACGAGGCGUUAAAACAUCCAUUUCUUAUGUCGGAUGACGAGAAAUUUGACUUAUUAAGUAAGAUUGGAGAUCUUCAGCAGAUUAAGACAAAUGAUCCCCUGUGUAGUGUCGUUCAACAAUUGAAUAGUGAAUCCUCAGAUUGGAAAAGUCAAAUGGAUUGUGAUGUUUAUGAUUAUUUGGUGAAUGAAAGGCGCUAUAAAUCUUCAUGGACAGAAUGCUUAAGACUAAUUCGAAAUACUGACCAGGAUUGGAAGAAACUAACACUGCAAAAACCACAACAAGAACCAUUUUAUAAGAUUGGCGAUUACAGGGCGUAUUUUCUCCGAACAUUUCCUAAUCUCCCUCUUCGUGUACAUGCUGCUGUCAGGUCAAAUGAAGAAUUGAGAAACAAACCAGAACUUAAGAACUUUUUUAAUUUUAAUGAAAGCGAACUACAUCAAUAAACAAUUUAGAUACAACAGAACCUGUAGGGGUGAAAAAAGUAGCUAUUAAGAAAUCAUUGAUACUGUUGAGAUCUAAUUUAGUAGGUAUAAAAAAAAACAGUUUCCACGACGUAUUUAGAUGAUAUUUCACCCCGUUUCUGGUGAAUCUAUAGCCUGUGGUAUUCAUUUAUACAAUGUAUAUAUUUAAUUUUUACUGUAAAUUGUUUUGGAAAAAGACUGAAGGUGAACAUGACAUUAAAAGUUAACUUUUAUGCUUGCCUGCACUGAUAUAUUUUGCUCUACAUUCAUCCAACAUAAUAAACUCGUAUACGAUAAAAAAUUGUAUUUCUGAAAUUCUUAUGAUUACUAAAAGUCUGGCCUUGGUGUAUUGGGAGUUCCUUAUCGUAUAAACCUGACCAUCAGAAGUUGUGCAUAAAUCCGUAAGUAGAAUCUUUUGUGUUUUACUAUCUCACAUUAAUUACGUAGCUGAUCAACAUAAAAUAGCUGAAUUACAUAACAUUUUCAUGAGAUUGAGUGAUUGACAGCAUUUCGUCUAAGAAUUUGUAUAUGGACUCAAUAAUAUUUUAAUUAGUUUUAUAGAAAAAUA